AUGUCUUCUACAGUAAUUCUGGAUGGGACAAUGAUAAAAAAGUCCCAGCAAAAGAAAAGAACAUCUCCAUGCAACUACAAGGAGAGAUUUUUUGUGCUGGAUACACAGGAAUUGAAGUACUCUGAGCAUCGUGCUGGAAGAAAGCCGAUACUCAAAGGUUGCAUCAAGUUAUGUAACAUUAAGUGUGUGGAUAUGGUCUUUACCGAUCUCCCCAUUCCUUGUGACUACAAAUACCCCUUUCAGGUCUUUCAUGGCAACCAUUUCCUCUACAUUUUUGCCCCAGACAAUGACUGCCGUCUGAGGUGGGUGCACGCUCUUAAAGAAGAGACAAAGAAUAACAAUUUGGUUGAAAAAUACCACCCACAGUUUUGGAUGAAUGGAAAAUGGAGAUGUUGCGAUCAGUCAGAGAAACUGGCAAGAGGCUGUCUUCCGUAUGAUCCAGUGGGUUAUGGUUCUAAAAAACCAUUACCUGAGAUCCCAGAUUCAGAGAUUGAAGGUUUAAGCGAUGCAGUGCAUAGGAUAGUUAUUGCACUGCAGAACUACACCCCAUUCGGAGAUACAGAGUUGGCACUUCAGAAAGACAAGGAGUACACCCUAACAGACAGCUCCCACCCUGACUGGUGGAAUGUUCGAGAUGAAAAGGGGAACACAGGAUUUGUGCCGAGGACACACCUAACAGAGAUAUCAGGGAACAACAUUGAGAGAUUUGAAUGGUACAACAAGAACAUUUCGAGAGGGGAAGCAGAAAAUGUGUUAUUCAAAGAGGGAAAAGAGGGUGCAUUUGUGGUUCGAAAUUCAAGACAGACAGGGGUCUACACGGUGUCAGUCUUCUCCAAAGCACCGGGGUCUAAUGAGGAGAAACAACCAUGUGUAAAACAUUACCAAAUCAGGCAAACGGAAACAGCAGAGUCUUUGUUUUACUUAGCAGAGAAGUAUCUGUUUCGCACCAUUCCCGAGCUGAUCCAUUACCACCAACACAAUGCUGCAGGUCUGAUAACACGUCUCAGACACCCUGUUACUCAGACAGGUGGCUGCUCUCAGAUUGCUGGUCAAUCUCAAGAUGAGAGGGAGGUGGACCCUGAUGAACUCACUUUUGGCCAAGAAUUAGGUAGUGGACAAUUCGGGAUGGUGCUGUGGGGACAAUGGAGGGAGAAGAAAGUAGCAUUGAAGAUGAUAAGAGAAGAUAGCAUGUCAGAUGAGGACUUGAAAGAAGAAGCAAAAAUCAUGAUGAAAUUAUACCACUCAAAGCUAGUUCAGCUCUAUGGUGUAUGCACCCAGAGUUCUCCAAUGUGUUUGGUUCUGGAGUUUAUGGAGAACGGCUGUUUGUCAGAUUACCUGCGGACAAAAAAAGGGUGCUUAUCCCAUGACACAAUGUUAGGGAUGUGUCUGGAUGUCACUGAAGGCAUGGCUUACCUGGAGACAUCUAACUUCAUCCACAGAGAUCUGGCUGCAAGGAACUGCCUAGUUUCAAAGAGCAAUGUGGUUAAGUUGUCUGAUUUUGGUAUGACCAGAUAUGUUCUUGAUGACCAGUACACAAGUUCCAUGUGCUCCAAGUUUCCUGUCAAGUGGUCGGCACCAGAGGUUAUCAAAUACUGCAAAUUCAGCAGCAAAUCUGAUGUCUGGUCAUUUGGUGUUCUCAUGUGGGAAGUAUACACAGAGGGCCGGCUUCCUUAUGAGCAUCAAUCCAAUGCACAGGUGGUGGAGUCUCUGAAUGCUGGCAUGAGACUGCUUAAGCCACGUUUGGCACCUGAGGCUGUCUAUCUGAUAAUGGAGUGGUGCUGGAAAGAGAGACCAGCGGACCGUCCAUCCUUUGCAUUGUUGUUACAUGAGCUUUCCUCACUUUCAGAACGUUGA